GCUCUAUAAUACAGCAGUGUUUGUAUACAUAUAGUUUAUUGCCAAAUAUUGUAUCUGAAUACUGUAGUAAGUGAAAUGAUAGUAGGAUUGUUCAAAGAAAAAUAAACACUUUAAAUUUUCUCAAGAAUGGUAGCACUGGAAGAUUUAUCAUUAAAAGAUAUAUUGGCAAUGUCGGCUACUAUUUCAACUGUUCUACAAUUUUUAACAGGAUCGGUGAUUUGUCACAGAUACAUUAGAAAAAAAUCAACUGGGGAAACUUCAGGCUUUCCGUUUAUAUCUGGAUUUUUGUCUUGCUUUUUGUGGUUGAAGUACGGAAUACUUACAAGAGAGCAUACCGUAAUUUUCGUUAAUACGAUUGGCUCAUGCUUGUUUUUUUCGUAUACCGUUAUAUAUUUCACGUUUUCAGUCAACAAGCGAAUAGUGAUUCGUCAGACUCUAGCAGUUGGCAGUUUUAUCCUGAUAUGCACACUUUAUUCAGCGUAUGAAACAGAUGUAGAUAAAAUAAUUCGAGUUAUUGGUAUGUUAAGAAAUGAUACUGUUCCUAAUUAUAAACUAUUAAGUAUGAUUUUUAUAGGGCUUGUAUGCUGUUGUGUAGGUGUUUUAUUUUUUGCAUCUCCUUUGACAAAACUUGCCCAUGUGAUUCGUACAAAAAACACGGAAAGUCUUCCGUUCCCAAUUAUCGUUGCAUCGUUCUUUGUAUCACUGCAGUGGUUCAUCUAUGGUUUGUUGAUUGAUGAUAGAUUUAUUCAGAUUCCUAAUCUGCUAGGAUGUAUUUUAUCGUCCAUACAGUUGUUCCUUUAUGUGAUGUACCCAAGUAGGACAUUGUUUUCUGUCAGCGGUCCUACCUAUCAACAAAUUCGAACAGAUGAUGGUGUUCCUUGACCUCUGAAAUCUAAAUAGUGUGUUCUACACGGCAGUCAGUUAUACAAAUACAUAAUUUUGUGAUAUGUUGAGUACUUCCAGCGAAGGGUGUAAAAAAUAUUUGUAAGAUUAAAACAUCGCAUGGGAAAUGAAAAAAAAAAUAUUUGUAUUUAUUUAGUAUGCUAGUUGAUUAGGGUAUUUUUUUCUCGCCUGCAAAAAUGACUUGCUGUUGAGUUCUUAUUGGCGGUUUGAAACUUUGUGAGUCUUACAAAAUGGCUUAAAAUCGUUCUAAUUAUGAUUCGCACAGAUGCAAAGGUUACCCGUGUUGGUAGUUCAAUGCACAAGGCGCUGUUAUUACAAGCCAGUUGUCGGCUCUUCGAGCCCCGAUUGGGAAGGAUUCUUAGUGUCAGUAGGAUCGUAGCACCCAGGGCCGGUGAAAGAGGUGGGUACGGUGGGUAGUAGUACCCACCCGAAAAGUGAGUAAUUGCCCACCCGAAACUUGGAGCGGAAAGAAAUAGUAAUACUUUUAAUAUCUAUGAUAAUAAGACUAAUUUUCUGUAAC